AUGUUUCCAACAUCCGAGAGCUUUGACUACUUGGCCAUGCUUCAAUGCAUGCUCGUCACCUGGGGAACCAACAUAUCAAUAAAUUAUGGCAAUGACUACUUCGAUUGGGAUAUGGAUCGCCCGCUGCAGGUGGCUGCGAUCAAGCGGGAUGUUGAGGCUCGAAGGGCACUGGGCGCGGGCAUGCCGACAGGGAAGCAAGGAGACUGUGAGGACGGACCAGUUCACGACGUGUCAAGAGCGGGGGAGGCGGAGCUGGAGGAGAAAAUCAUGGGUGGCAACUCCCGUAUCAUCCAUGACGGGACCUUCCUCCGGUGGACCGCACUCGCUAUCAGCGCCAUCGUCCAGCUACUCGUCGUCAUCAUGGUCCUCUACUCCCGAUAUCUCGACCCCUCUGUCAACCCCUCCUCCAAGUCCCUCCACACCUCUCCCUUCAAAGGGUUUCCGCUCUGGAUCGCGAUUGUCUCUACCUUCUUCUCGCAAGAGUACAUCGCACCUCCCCUCCGGCUACACUACAACGGCUUUGGCGAGGUCAUCUCCUCCUUCCUCCUCUCACCCGUCUCCUUCCUCUGGGGGUUGGCGGGACACUACACCGCUACCCACCCUACCUCUCCCCUCAUCACCGCAUACGCAUUCCUCCACGCUCCCUCCAUCGCCGGCUUCGGGAUCGACAAGACGCUCUGGAUCAUGCUUUGCGCCAUGUACCUCACCGUCCAGGCCAGGAUCCUCAUCAUGCACAUUCACGAUAUCGACUCGGACCGGCUCGGCGGAAAGGUGACGCGCAUCGUCCGCGUCGGUUUCGUGAAUGCCGCUAGGCUGUACGCCAGUCUCAACGUCGGUGCGGUGGCGAUGUGGGGGUGGUUGAUCAAGAGGUUGCUGCAAGGGGAAGGCGCCAUGCUCGGAAGCGUGGGGACAUCGGGGUCCAAGGCGAUGGUGGGGAGGGGCUGGGCGGUGAGCGUAGGGUUCGUCCUGGCGUACUCGAUCCCGGUCAUCGUCCUUACCUCUCUCUCGCUCUUCUCGAACACACCCAAUCGGUCCAAAUCGACAGGUGCGACGACCGGUUUCAUUCCGCUUAUCCCGCCCCGGGACCUCGCCAAGGUCGUCUCACUUCAGCUCCUGGUCACUCCGGUGGUGCUCUCAACGGCGGUGAUACUUGCUGGGGCGGAGACAUAG